GGAAGUUCUACUACAUUACCGUUUUAAGGGACCCUGUGUCUCGGUACCUAAGCGAGUGGAGACACGUCCAGCGCGGGGCCACAUGGAAAACCUCCCUGCACAUGUGCGAUGGGCGAACACCCACACCGGAGGAGCUGCCCCCCUGCUACGAGGGCACCGACUGGUCGGGCUGCACUUUGCAGCAGUUCAUGGACUGUCCGUACAACCUCGCAAAUAACCGUCAAGUGCGCAUGCUGGCCGACCUCAGCCUGGUGGGCUGCUACAACAUGUCCUUCAUCCCGGAGAAGAAGCGUGCGCAGGUACUACUCGAGUCGGCCAAGAAGAACCUACGAGACAUGGCCUUCUUCGGCCUGACCGAGUUCCAGCGCAAAACGCAGUACUUGUUCGAACGGACCUUCCGCCUCAAGUUCAUCCGGCCCUUCAUGCAGUACAAUAGCACACGGGCCGCGGGAGUGGACCUGGAUAACGGCACAGUGCAGCGGAUCGAGGAGCUCAACGAUCUGGACAUGCAGUUGUACGACUACGCCAGGGAUCUUUUUCAGCAGCGCUACAUGUACAAGCGACAACUCGAGCGAAGAGAGCAGCGCCUUAAGAACCAGCUCGCUCUUUUCCCAUUUCGCCGUGCACCCAGCUCUGAUUUCAGGGAUGAUGCACCGGAGUCCGAGGCGUCCCGACUGCCCACGGAGGACUACAUGAAUCACAUCAUCGACCGCUGGUAGCAGUGCUGGGGGGAGGGGGACGGUAAAUACCGGUUGAGGAGGAGAAAAGGGCUGCGAUGCCCAGGUCAAAUCAAGCAGGAGAGGAACAUGGCGAACAAGAAAGAGAUAGAACUUUAGCGCCACAAUUAAAUACGGCCCUCCCCCCUUCUGUUGUGCUCCAGGAUAUCCUCCGGUCGUCUUGGAGAGGAAGGACUCUAAACGCGGCAUGCUCUUCGCCGCUAAUGCGAAGACUUUGCGUGUUAGGACAGAAAUGACUGAGUAACUUAAAGCACUGAGCCUGAACUUAAAACUAAGAGGCGAAGACUUCUACAGGCGCAUUCGCCCACGGAAGGAAAAAACAUACGUUAAAAUGAUCGGAAUUAUACUCACUGCAGAUUUUAAAAGAAUGAACCGAUUGAAAUUGUAUAAGGGUAUUUGCUUAAAUGUCUUUUGCCAUUUCAGCCAUAAUAACGGUCUGUCUCUUUAUUUUUUCAUUUAUUAUGGUCUAAUUAUUUUUGAAAGGGAUUGUUCGUCCCUCAAAGAGGUAAAACUCACAGCACUGAGACCAACAGAGCUGCCUAACACUUAUUAGAUGCAAUUUAUUAGUUUUUCAUAAUCGUUGAUGACUUGAAAAAGGUCUGUUCUAUUGUCCCUUUUUGUAUUUGCACAUCGGUUGCGAAUUUCAAUGGAGGGACGGACGACGUGUGGACCAUAGCCAUUAUUUAAGCUUUCAGCAUACUUGUACGAGAAAAUUCUGUGUGCUAAGCGUACUAAUAUAACCUUACCGAAUGUGAGAGUUGUUUCGUUUGUCUGAUCAUACAGAUGUCUUGCGUGAUGUUAUAGACCGUGACCAAUUCUAAGUUGUCAUUAGCACUCAAUCAAGGCCAUUUCGCGAGAACCUGGUGGAGAUCCAAAGAGGAAACCGUGUCUUAUUUUACACUUAGCAAGGAUGGGCUCUGUGUUUCUAGGCGAAGUCAUGCAAUCUAAAUACGACUGACUCUGUAAUGACGCCUGUGUGUCAGUCAAUAACGGAAGCAUUUUAGAGCUUGUGUGAAAGUGUGUGUGUGAAAGAGAGUGCUCGUGAAUUGCAAGAGCAGAAUGAAGAAGCAGCAAAUGCAGCCUUUAUAAAUGUCAUCACCAUUCCCAAUUCCCAGAGACUACUCAUUAUUAAGUAUGCGGGUGGAUGGAGGAUUAUUGUGUGUGUGUUUGAGAUUCUAAGCAUUCUGUUGAGGAUGACUGUUUUAGGUACGCAAUCAUGUUUGGCUGUUAUUUUUUUUUCUGUGCGAAUGUGUGCGAGUGAGUAUUUCACAAUCGAUAUCUUGCCAUGGUCCUCAGGGACUGAAGCGAUUGCCAGUAAGGGGACAAGAAUGAUGUCACAUGUUUCCCCUUAUGCAAAUCUUUGAGUUGUUUGUUGUUCAAGGAAUAGUUUGCACUGAGAAGUGCACAGUUCUGUCAUUAUUUACUCACUCCUAAUCCAUGUGACCAUAAAAUGAGAUGUUUUGCAGAAUGCUCAAUCUGCUCUUUUCCAAACAUUGAAGGUGAAUAGGAACCUGAGCUGUGGACAACCAAAACUAUAUUUAAAUUCAAGUCUUAAAGUGUAUUUAAAGUGUAGUUAAGUCAAAUGGAUGGUCACUUUUUCAUUGUACAGGAUAUAAAAGAGCAGCAUGAGCAUCCUGCAAAGCGUCUUCAUUUUAGGUUCCACUGAAAAAAGAAAGUCGUACUGAUUUGAAAAUACUGAGAAUGAGUAAAUGACAGAAUAGUAAUUUUUGGGUGGACUGUCCCUUUAAGUUGACGUCUCCACAACAACUUCAGAGUAAAUUAUGUGAAUAAGGUAUCAGGAAGAAUUACCUUGACUCUGACUCUUAAAAUGUUAAGUGGGAUGUUUUGACUUUACUUUACUUACUGCUCUGCAAUGGGAAUUUGUUUUCUCAGUAGCUAUAAUGACAGACUACUCUUCACUUACGCAUAUGUAACCUAAAGUGUUAUGUUUUUCAGGAACAAAUCUUCUCAUGACGGAUCUGCAUAAUUCAUGAAUGAUUUUUAUGAAGGCAGCCCUUUAUUAAUAUCUCAGUGUGAUGCUGCCAUUCCCUACAGCUGAUAUGCUCUUAAUUGAAACCCUCAGGGUUGUAGUAAUUGUUGGUCUCAUUGCAGGAUAUUUCGGUGACCAUGUGUUUCUCAACCUUAAUUUAACAAUGGCAUCCAGCCAAUCAGAAUAGAAUAUUGGUGUGCUUUAAAAUUGUCCACUGCGUCCAACUGUCAAAUAUUAGGCCAGAAUCAUGCUCUACAGUGACGCUAACAAACCCCAGUUUAUGCUAAAGCCUGCUAUGGCGCCCCUUGUGGUAAUACGACACAGCUCAGUUGCGUUAUCAAUUGCAUUAUUUUCAUAACAGUCUCUAAAAUGAAGCUAGAGGCAUUUGCCUUUACCUACUCCUCUAGAGUGUGUUUCUGGCCUUAUGUGAGUCUAGCAAAUUGACUUCAGCUCUUUCUGAAAGAAAGAUUCAUUUAUUAAUCACAUCCAGUUCAUCUGCUCUGGGUAUUUUUCUCAUUAUUUCAGCAAUGGAUCAUCAAAUACACCAUUAAAAAUGCA